GCGCGCGCCGCGGCAGAGGCGACACGUUCGCCUGCCGUAUUUUUAUUUAAAAUAAUAUAGAAUAGCCUUAAUUGAGCUCCGAUUUUGUCCAUUAAUGUCCAAAAGUUGUGAUAAGUUUAUUGUGAAAAUGGAAUACUACACAUCCGAUAGUUGCGACAGCGAUAGCAGGGAACAAAAAACUUUAGAUCUCUCCAAUAAGCUGUUGGACUGCGAAGCAAUAUCAUCUGAACUCGACAUUAUCAACGAGAAGAAUUGUGCAACAAAUUACGAGACAAUAUUACUAAAUGGCAACAGAAUAAAAUCAGUCCCAUUGAACCUCAACAGAUUUACUAACUUGAAGAUUCUUGAUGUAAGCAAUAACGGGCUCGCUGUUUUACCGGAUGCAUUGAGAUUUUGUCCACUUACAUCUCUAAUUGCAAAACAUAAUCAGCUGGAGAAUGAGUCUUUGCCAAAAUCGUUUUUUUCUGCAAAAUCAUCUCUCAGAGAACUAAAUUUAAGUGGAAAUAAACUAAAAUUCUUUCCAGAACAAAUCCUAGAAUUAGCGUCGCUGAGAUAUCUUUAUCUGGGCGCAAACAAUAUAAUUAACAUACCCAAAGAUAUUUGGAAACUACAAAGUCUUCAAAUACUAUCAAUCGGCGGUAAUAACAUCGCCCAGGUACCUGAAUCCGUUGGCGCCCUUAAAAGUCUUCAAGCUUUAGUUUUGUCGGAUAAUGACAUAGAACAACUCCCGGCAAGCAUUGCUAACCUCGAUCAAUUACGAUCACUUCUCAUACACAAGAACAAACUAAAGACGUUGCCGACGCAAAUUAUAAAAUUGAGAAAUUUAACGGAGCUCAGUCUCCGCGACAAUCCGUUGGUAGUCAGAUUCGUACGAGAUAUGACGUUGCAGCCGCCAUCACUACUGGAAUUAGCUGGACGGACAGUGAAAUUGCACAGACUUCCCAUUGAACCUGGCGAAAUACCUAUGAGCCUCAUUAAAUACCUGACAUCUGCACAAUGCUGUGUCAAUCCGAAAUGCAAUGGUGUUUUCUUCGACAACCGUGUGGAGCAUAUAAAGUUUGUUGAUUUCUGUGGUAGAUACCGUAUUCCACUUCUACAAUAUUUGUGCAGUUCAAAGUGUAUCACAGGCAGUUGGGAGAGUCGGGAAAUAGACAACACGCCAUCUAGCCAUAUGAUGAGAAAAGUUCUGCUGGGUUAAAAGACGCAAUGAAAUUAUAUCACGAACUAUGUUUUAAAAUACGUAAAAACAAUAACCCUACUGUGAUCUUUUGCAUUACAUUUUAUUCACAAUUCUGACAUAUAUUUACAUGUUCUAACUACAACUAUUGGCAUUAGUAAUUUAAAAAAAAAUGUGAGAUGUUAAAUGCUGUGUUAAAAUAAUAUGUAGGUAUAUACCCAUUUUGAAUACCAAAAAUUUGUCAAAUGUUUUUUAUUGUUAUGUAAAUAAUAUAAAGAGUGCAUUUUAUAUUAAAAUUUAUGUCUUAUUCAUUACAUACUGAGAACAGACCUUCACUUUGAAAUAAAUUUCUUUAUUUUAAUUUUUAAUAAACAGAAGCAUAGUCACCAGUCUGCUUGUGUUUUAUUAAGUGUUAAAACAAAUAAAUAUACAUGUGUACAAUUAUUGUUAUAUUAGACCUAUUGUUAUAAUAAUUUCUAUUUCUUUCCCUACAUUAUUGUUAAAUAUUAAAUUAUAUUUUUGUCCUA